UCACAUUACAUUACAUACAUUCAUAUUCACACACAAUCUCCCUCUCUCUCUCUCUCUCCAGUCUUCCCCUUCCCUCAACUAUCAAUUUUUUCCUCCUCCAUCGAUUCUCCUCUGACGUAAACUCAAGAAACCAAGGAAAAUCAAGAAAGUUACUUCGCCAUACAGCGCAGAUUCGUAUGUAUGUAUUUAUUUACAUAUGUAAGUAGAUAACACCAUUUUUCCAAGUAUCAGUUCAAGAAAGAAACAGGCAGAGAUGGAGAAAAGCAGUAAUGGGUUCGUGAGAGCAGAUCAGAUUGAUUUGAAAAGCUUGGAUGAGCAGCUGGAGAGGCACUUAAACAGGGCUUGGACUAUGGAGAAGAACAAGAAGAAGAAUCAAGAAGAGUCCUACUCCAGCUCCACCACAUCUACCGCCGCCGUCGCCGUCGCCGCCGUCCCCGCCCCCGUCCCCGCCGCCAUCACCCCCAGGAGGCAGAGGCAAGAGUGGGAGAUUGACCCCUCUAAGUUGAUCAUCAAGGGCGUGCUUGCGCGUGGCACCUUUGGGACUGUUCACCGGGGCAUUUACGACGGCCAGGACGUCGCCGUUAAACUGCUGGACUGGGGGGAGGAGGGCCAUAGGACAGAAGCUGAAAUAGCGUCUCUAAGAGCAGCUUUUACGCAAGAAGUUGCAGUGUGGCAUAAACUCGACCAUCCUAAUGUAACUAAGUUUAUAGGCGCGACAAUGGGCUCUUCGGACCUUAACAUUCAAACAGAAAACGGUCACAUUGGCAUGCCUAGUAACAUAUGUUGUGUUGUUGUGGAAUAUCUCCCUGGAGGUGCCUUGAAAUCUUACCUCAUAAAGAACCGGAGGAAAAAGUUAGCGUUUAAAGUAGUUGUCCAAAUGGCACUUGAUCUUGCUAGAGGGUUAAGUUACCUUCAUUCUCAGAAGAUUGUUCACAGAGACGUUAAGACGGAGAAUAUGUUGUUAGACAAGACACGGACCGUUAAGAUAGCUGAUUUUGGUGUUGCUCGUGUUGAAGCCUCGAACCCGAAUGACAUGACGGGGGAGACAGGAACCCUUGGUUACAUGGCUCCGGAGGUCCUAAACGGCAAUCCAUACAACAGGAAAUGCGACGUCUACAGUUUUGGCAUCUGUCUGUGGGAGAUAUAUUGUUGCGACAUGCCAUAUCCCGACCUUAGUUUUUCCGAAGUGACGUCAGCUGUCGUCCGACAGAACCUGAGGCCCGAAAUACCAAGAUGUUGUCCCAGCUCCCUCGCAAACGUGAUGAAGCGAUGUUGGGAUGCGAACCCAGACAAGCGGCCUGAAAUGGACGAGGUAGUUUCCAUGUUAGAGGCUAUCGAUACGUCGAAAGGUGGUGGAAUGAUCCCCGUCGACCAGCAACAAGGUUGUCUCUGUUUCCGCAAGUACCGUGGCCCGUGAAAAAAUUUUCUGUGUACAACUAGAUUUCUUGUGUAAUGAACGAAUAUCAGAGGAAACCGGAAUUAAUGAAGCCAGAAAUAUAUUUGACAGUGGUGGGUAUAGGCUGAGAAGCUGUGCUGCAUAUCUCUGCAUGGUGUGAAGCUUUGAAAAUGUUUAAACGUAGUGUUUUAUCAUUGACAAGCUAUCAUUAUUAAUUCAUUUUAUUCUCUUUUGUUUUGA